AUGAUCUACAACUGGAAAUACUUUGACCAAUGUGAGACUAUCUGGGCAGAUGUAGGACGUCUGAUGGAUCGUCUAAACUUGACAUACACGUCAAGACAACAGAAGAUGAUUCUCUGUGGGGUCCUUGCACAGUACUUGGCUCUAGCAGUUGCCGCUUGGACUGGUAAAAUCUUCUACGUAAUUCUAUAUUGCCUAACAUUUGGUUGUUAUCUGGCACCCCAAUUAUAUCACAUAAUAUUCGUGAUCAACCUCCAGAGACUUUACAGAGCUGUUAGUGAAAGAAUCAUUGAAGUAAACUCAUCAAAAGGAGCUGUAAGCUCCCAAACAACAGCUUCACAGUUGGCUAACACAUUUCAACUGUACAUAGACCUUCACGAAGUUGUUCGAAAGAUGAAUUCAUACUUCACUUUCUUCUUGCUCUGUGUCCAGUUUGAACGCAGUUUAUACUUGUGUAGUGAAGGAUUCACGUUUCUAGUCACAGCUGGAUCCGAGCAAUUCACUUGGCCAAGACUCAUCUUCAUAGUUCUAGAGUUGACAGCUCUGUUGUCUCAUUGCGCCGUGUGUGAGGCUUGUUGUCAAGAAGCUCACAAGACAGUUGUCCUUGCCCAUCAGCUGGUCACGUGUAACUCUCCUGAUGUGAUCAUCGAGACAGUCAGUCUGUUCUCUCUAGCGACGUUCAACGCCAGAGUCAGCUUCAGUGUUGGAGGAGUCUUCUCUAUAGACAUGUCUCUAGUUACCAAGAUGCUCUCGCUUGUAAUCAGCUAUCUCAUCGUAAUGCUACAGCUCACUGACUACGAUGUGGAAUUUAAGUAG